AGAGAGAUGACGAUCUCAGCAGCCAGUCCCAGCCCUUCGAUCGUGGCUUUUGGUGAGAUGCUAAUCGAUUUCGUCCCAGACACAUCCGGUGUUUCCCUCGCCGAGUCUACCGGUUUCAUCAAAGCCCCCGGCGGUGCUCCUGCCAAUGUUGCCUGUGCCAUCACCAAGCUCGGUGGUAGCUCCGCCUUUAUUGGAAAGUUGGGAGAUGAUGAGUUUGGGCACAUGCUAGUCGACAUAUUGAAGAAGAACAAGGUGAAUACAGAUGGGGUGUGUUUUGAUCCGCAUGCAAGAACUGCGUUGGCAUUUGUGACGUUGAAAAGCGACGGGGAGAGGGAGUUCAUGUUCUACAGAAACCCUAGCGCCGACAUGCUGCUCAACGAGUCCGAGUUGAAGAUGGGUCUCAUCAAGGAGGCCAAGAUAUUCCAUUAUGGAUCCAUAAGCUUGAUAUCUGAGCCAUGCAGGUCGGCUCACAUGGCAGCCAUGAAAGCUGCCAAGGAAGCCGGGAUAUUGCUUUCUUAUGAUCCGAACGUGCGGUUGCCUCUGUGGCCUUCUGCUGAUGCUGCUAGAGACGGAAUCAAGAGCAUCUGGAAUCAAGCUGAUUUCAUCAAGGUGAGUGAUGAAGAGGUUGAAUUCUUAACACAAGGAGAUGCCAACAGUGAAGAUGUUGUUAUGAGCUUAUGGCACGAUAACCUGAAGCUGCUUCUUGUUACUGAUGGAGAGAAGGGAUGUAGAUACUUCACUAAGGAAUUUAAAGGAAAGGUUUCUGGCUUCUCGGUGAAAACUGUUGACACUACUGGUGCUGGUGAUGCUUUUGUUGGUGCACUUUUGGUAUCCAUGGCCAAAGAUACUCAUGCUAUCUUCCAUGAUGAAGCAAAACUUAUAGAGGCUCUGACAUUUGCAAAUGCUUGUGGAGCAAUUUGUACAACAAAGAAGGGAGCAAUUCCAGCACUUCCGUCCACCUCCGAUGCUCAUGAGCUCAUUACCGCGUCUAAGGCCAACUAG